ACAGGAGGCCCGUGGGGUUUGAACAGUGCGUCGCUCCACACGCGCACGAGUCAACUGGACCUCCGUCACGUCUUCAACACGCGAACAUAGUUCCCGUGUGGUAUCGACGCAAACGGGUCGCUGACAGUCCCGAUCGGGUCUUAAAUCCGUCAACGCGGCCAAAGCUUCGGUCCGAUGCCAUCGGCGUGAACGCGCAUUGACGUCUCGUGGGCACGAGCAGCGCUGUUUGUUUGUGUUGAGAGAUUGGAAAUGGCGGAGAGCAGAGACCGAAGCCGUAACUUGGGUUAGCUAACACGAGUGCGCCGUCACUGAAACGCGGAUACCACCCAGAAGCGAGCGGCUCACGGUACGUCCGCCACCGAGGAGAUACGAGUCGUACGCAGUGGGAAAAAAAGCCUUUUCGAAAUAAGGUUUGGGUUUAUCGAGCUGGUUAGCUUGCUAAGCUAUCCGUGCCUGCAGGCUGGCGUUAGCUAGCUUCAAGCCGUGUGUUUGAUUUCAGCGACGCAGGCUUGUUUGUCAACACAAGCUGACGUUACAUUGAUAGCGAGCCAGCGAACACGCGACUUUUCUCCCCCGGUCGCCAAGCUAAUCUGCUCUAGAGUUUGCAACAUGAUCGCCACGGCCCACCACAACAUUGUGAACCCCAAGUAACAGUGGAUAAAAAAACAAUAACAAAACUAUAGACAUCUGACGCGAGUACGCGGGUAUGCUAAAGUUAGCCAACUGCCUGGGAAUUAAUCAUCCAAAGUGACAAUUGACAGCGGGACCUCGUGGGCAGGACCUUUAUUCGCAAGCGGACGACAACACGGUCGGAGGCCUACAGGCUUCUCCCUGCACCUGAGAUGUUGCCACGUGACAGAGCGGCCGUGGAGACAUAAGUCCACCACUGCCGCCGCUCCGCGCCUCCACCCCGAGCUGAGAUCUCCACUCCCCCCAAACCCCCUUUAUCUCUUCUCUGAGCCCUGGACAAGGCCAACCACAUCCAACCACAUGACUCGCCCACUGGACCCCUAGAUCAAGUCAGUUGAAACUGAAAAUGAGCGCAGUAGGGGAAACCCCCCCGGACCCUGGCACACCAGAAUCCCGCAAGAGGAAGGGCUCACCAUGUGACACAUCGGGCCAAAGUCUGGAGAAGCGGAGACGGGAGCUGGAGUGCCGCUACAUCGAGGAGCUGGCGGAGCUGCUGUCGUCCAACAUGGGCGACAUUGCCAGUCUCAGUUCCAAGCCCGACAAGUGCCACAUACUCAAGAGUACCGUGGACCAAAUCCAGCAGAUGAAACGGCGUGAGCAGGAUGAUGAGGUUCAGAAAAGCGAUAUCUCCUCCAGUAGCCAGGGGCUGGUGGAGAAAGCGGCUCUGGGGCCCAUGCUGCUUGAGGCCCUCGAUGGGUUUUUUGUCGUCAACCGGGAGGGUCGCAUCGUCUUUGUGUCGGAGAACGUGAUGAGCUACCUCGGAUACGCCCAGGGGGAGCUGAUGACCUCCAGCGUCUACAGCAUGCUCCACGUGGGAGACCACAAUGAAUUUGUUCGCAAUCUGCUGCCCAAAAGCUUGGUAAACAGCGCGCAGUGGCCACAGGAGGCGGGCCGAAGGAACAGCCACACCUUUAACUGCCGCAUGUUGAAGAGGCCGCCGGACGAGUUGGAUUCUGAAAAUCCGGAGGCUCGGCAGCAAUAUGAGAUCAUGCAGUGUUUCACAGUGUCCCAACCACGCAGCAUGCAGGAAGAGGGAGAGGACCUGCAGAGCUGCCUGAUCUGUAUUGCCUGUCGGAUACCACGCGCCCAGCCUUUCAGCACAGAGUCGUUCAUCACAAAGCAGGACCCCACAGGGAAGAUCAUCUCCAUAGAAACAAGUGCUUUGCGAGCGACAGGACGGCCUGGCUGGGAGGACCUUGUCAGGAAGUGCAUCUACGCUUUCUUUCAGACUCAGGGCAAAGAGCCCUCCCACGCCAAGAAGCUGCUGCACGAGGUGAUGACCCACGGCACCGCCAUCAGCCCGUUGUACCGCUUCACGUUAAGCGAUGGCACCGCGCUUAGCGCUCAGACCCGGUGCAAGUUCUGCUGCCCCCCUAACCCUGAUGUUCAGCCCUUCAUUAUGGGCAUUCACACUAUUGACAGGGAACACAACACUGCUAGCUCUCAGGAAAACACUAACCCCGGCCUUCCACCCACCCUUGGCAGCCUUACCCAAACUCCCUCCCGCUCCCUUUCCCUUCCUCCCGGCAGCAACUGGACCCAGGGCUCAGGCCUCUCCACCUCGGGCCUUCACCCUAACAAUACCAACACCUCCCCCCACAGACACAAUCCAGCCACACCUGCGGGCUACCUGACGCCCAAUCGGACCUUUCCCCAGGAACUCAACAGCCCCUCUGUUUUGAGCAGCCCACUCGCACCGACUCCUACCUCUUUUAUGUCACCCAAGAUGCCACGAGCCGGUCCCGGUUCAGGUGGAAGCCCUCACGUACCGGGAAACCCCUUCUCUGCUUCCACACCAGGUCUCCACUCCCCAGCCAUGGAACUAAGUAGUGGAGGGUGCCUCAGCAGGCAGCAAUCUGGUGGGGAUAGUAGUAGUAGCAGUAGCGGCAUCGGCGGUGGGUCGUUCUCGAUGUCCUAUCCGGUCCUUCAGAGACAAGUCAGUGUGUCCACUGGCCCAUCUACUCAGAUGACACAGGGAGGAGAAGGAGGGGGAGCGGACUCUGUUAAAGCACCUCUUCCUUCGGCCUCCCAGCUGGGUAACCCCAGACUCAAUCUGCUCCUGGAAAGCAAUGGGCCUGGAGCUGAAACUAACAACAACAGCAGAAUCCAUUGCACCUCAUCACCUCAUCCCCCGAACCCUCAUCCUGCCCCUCAGUGCCCUGCCUCUCACAGUACACUGACAGAGCGGCAUAAGAUCCUGCACCGACUGCUCCAGGACACCAGUCCCGACGACGCCUCCGCCACCACGGAGGAUACACGAAACAAAAAGAUCAAGAGGGAGCCGCCUGCCAGUUCGGCUCUGACCUCAGCACCUCCCAAGUCCAGCUCCAGAGAGCCACAGGACCAUCAACUACUCCGUUUUCUCCUAGACACAGAUGAAAAGGACUUGGGGGACCUGCCGCCUCCAUCAGCUCUCAGCCUGCAGACAGUGAGGGUGAAAGUGGAGAAGAGAGCAAGCAUGGACGGAGUGGUCUGCACCGGGUCUACCGUUGCAGCAGGAGGUGCAUCCAAACCCGCGGGAGGGAGCAGCAGCUCAGCGUGCACCAGCCCCAAAUCUAGCCCAGUCGGAGAGAACCGGCGAGAAAGCCGCAGCGACAGCAGAGACUCCACGAUGUCCGCUGGCCCUGUUGACAUGGACCCUCUCACCCAGCUGCUCCCUGGCCUGAGAGGCCCGAGUGGGGCCAAACAGAGCAGUGAGGAUUCAACAACCCCUGGAGAAGGCCCCCAACUCCAAUCUCCAGCCUCUCAGCCCCCAGCUCCGCUUCAGUCCCCCCUGCCUCCGCUCCAAUCCCCUCUGUCCCAACCCCAGUCCAUUUCACAGUUGCAAUCGCCGUCGCCCCAGCUCCACUCCCCUUCUCCCCAGCUCAAACUGCAGUCCCCCACUCGGCUCCAGCUGGGCGAGGCCAGCACUCCCCGCAAUGUAAACGUGAAGAGAGAGCCUCCUGGCACUCCUAACAGAGGACUCAGUGAUGGCGGCCCGCCCUCCAGCUGCAACCUCCACAGUGCGUCAUCCUUUGAUUUCUGCAGUCCCCCCACUCCAAGCCAGAAAUGGAUCCUGGCACAGGGAGACCCCUUCCAGACGCCCAUAGACAGCAGCCUCUUCCCAGAGGCCGAAGAUAUCAACCCUUUCAGUUCAAGCACUGGCCUACCCAAGAUGAAUGUGGGAGACUCUCAGUUCCAGCCUCUGUCUCUGUCUGACACCUUGUCUUUUGAUGGUCUCGAGACGGCGUUAGCAGCCACCUUGGCAUCACCACAAGAGCAGUGUGUGCCCUGUACGCUGGACGAAGUGUUGGGCCCUCCGACUACACCCGAGGGGCGGAGCGACGAGAAGGCUCUGUUAGAGCAGCUCGUCUCCUUCCUCAGUGGGACGGAUGAGAGUGAACUGGCGGAGCUGGAUAAGGCCCUGGGGAUCGACAAGCUGGUGCAGGGUGGCUCUUUUGACCCAUUGCCCCAAAACUCCCCAAACCAGCAAUCCGUUGCCACCCCAAGCUCCAUGGACCCUAAACUCCCCCCGUACCCCUCCAAAUUUACAGCAGCUCAGUUCCCUCCAGAGCUGGCCAUGCUGGUGGGGCAACAGGGUCUUGGGUUCGGAGCCCCCCGUGGGUCUUUCCCCGGCGGGACGACGGGCGUCGGGCUGAGGCUGGGCACGCCGCGACCGCAAGGGAUCGGCACCCAGCUCAGACUGCCGCCCAACCAACUGCGCCGGCAGCUGCAGCAGAGGCUGCAGGGCCCACAGGAGAACAGGAUGGCGGGCGUUAAUCCGUUUCCUGGAGGCGCCCAGCAGGUGAACAUGGGGCUCCGUCAGGGAGUUAAACAGCCUCAUAUGCCCUCACAGCCUCCGCUGAACGCCCAGAUGCUGGCCCAGCGUCAGAGGGAGCUCUACAGCAUCCAGCACCGUCAGCGACAGCUUUUCCAGCAGAAGGUCCUUCUGAUGAGACAGAACACCGCCGGCGCCGCGGGGCCCACCGGAGCAGCCGGGCUCCCAAAAGCUCCGCCGUCGACGCCUCAGCUGCAACAGCAGUUCAACUUCCCACCAGGGUACCCUUUGGUGGCUAAAUCCCCUACCUCACCUAGUCACUUCAGCUCCCUUACCGGGGGCCCUCUGGACAACAAGCUGCCCGGAAGAGCUCCUCUGAACAGCCCGCCGCUGAUCGGCGGAGUGCAGGGCCAGUUCAGCACCGCCGUAAACUCCGCCUUGCCGCAGGGCCUGUUUCAGCAGUUUGGAGGUCCAGCAAACUCCCAGCAGGACCCAUCCUUCCCUCCUGAGAUGAGCCCCACGAGCCCAUUGUUGUCACCUCAAACCUCCGCCUCCCAGGGUGCUUUGCUUCAACAAGCCCCACCCCCUGGCUACCAGUCAACAGAAAUGAAGAGCUGGCAACAGACCGGCAUGGGAGGCAACAGCCUGUUCAGUCAGUCGGGACAGAGUGCAGGGCAGGCUUUUGGCCAGCAGGGGGUUUACAAAAACAUGAGCAUCACCGUCUCCAUGGCCGGAGGCUCGGGGGGCGUCGGCUCAUUAUCUCCCAUGGGGCAGGUGGUUGACCCGAGCAACAGUAACCUCAGCAACGCCGGUUCGGUGUGCAGCGACCAGCAGGUGCAGCCGCUGCAGGUGUUCGCCGACGUCCAGUGCACGGUGAACCUGGUCGGCGGUGACUCCUACCUGAACCCGGGCUCCAUCGCCGCCGCAGCCUCCCAGAGGACCCCCGUCGUGCCGCAGGUCUCCCAGAACAACCAGGCUCAGCAGAAGAGCCUGCUGCAGCAGCUGCUUACCGAGUGACGAGCCCGCGACGCCCUCUGCUCUCCUGUGCUCCCUCUACUUCUCACUUCGACGACGCCUCCUCCUCAGAGGCCGGUGCACCAGAAGGCGUUGCCGUUUCUGUCUCACUUUAUUUGGACGGUUGGAUAGAUGUUUUGGACGACCACGCGAGCAGGGUGCCGGGCGGUCCGGCUCUUGUGGGGUUUCACAGGCGGGCGCGCAGGGGAUUCGGGGUUCGUUGUUUUAACCGCCCAGUACUUAAAGAAAAGACUCAGAGUCAGAAGGAGCAGCAGUGUAUUUAAACUGCCUGUCUAAUCUGUCUGACGACCUGUCUGUCUGCCUCAGCCUAUUUAAAGGCAGUGUUGUCUUGCUGCUCAUUCCUUGGUGACCUACUUCCUGCUUCCUGACCCAAGAAAACAACUGCGACGUCAUUGUAGAUUUGCCAAGUUGUCGUCACUGUCAAAUCAGGGCCGGCCUCCUCUUUCUUUUCUGAUGGGACAGUUUCUGUCGGGCCGUCGUUGUGGCCGCAGCAGUGCAUCUUGGGAGCACGAGUUGCAGCGUACAGCUGAGCUCAUCAUUUUAUGUGUGCGGGUAUCCCACACAGCAGCACCUCUGUUGUUUGUUUUUUUUUGUUUUUUUUGUUUGUUUGUCUUGUUGUUUUCCUCUAGCGGUCUCUCAGCGAUGUGGGAAUGUUAAGGUUUCAGACCUCUGUGGCAUUGUGGGAUAGGAGCUCAGUAUCAGCUGGUUCUGUGACUGUCUCUAUCCAUCAGUUGCGGUGCCUGGUGGAAGUUUGAGUUUUUCCAAGCUCCGCUUCUUCUACGUAUUCUAUCAAUGUCUUUUUUUUGUUGUUUUGUUUUAAAUAUUCUGCUCUCACCACCAUCAUCAUCAACUUUUUCUUCUAAAUCAGAAUAAGCUUUGACAACAGCAAGAUUGGAUGGAUGGAUGGAAGACAGACGGGAUGCUGCUCAGUUUGGAACUUACAUGUCUUUCUCCCUCCCCCCUGGGAGUUUUUUUUUAUUUUAUUUUUUUUUAAGUAUAAGAAAAUGCGACUGUUAUAAUUAUUUAAUGUCUGUCCAUCACAUUUUACCCCUCACCUCAGCAGCUGUGAAUACAGAGCCCUGUCGGGCUCUCUCUCUCUCUCUCUCUCUCUCUCUCUCUCUCUCCUCUCUUCUCUCUUCUCUCUCUCUCUCUCUCUCAUAUAUAUACUAUCUCUCAGCCUAUCAGUGUUGUUUGCCAUGGCAUGUGCACCAUGCAGACGGGUGGUAUUGUACAGUACAGAAGGACAAAGAUUUUUCAUGUCACUGCUUUCCCUUUUAAAAAGAAAAAAAUUAACUAACAGCAGGACUUUUUUUUUUUUAUCCUAAUAUCAGUUCGUGGGAGAUUUAUUUUUGGCACCAUGAUAUUGUAAUACCGCCUCAUGUUGCGGGUAGAUGAGAAAGUAAUUCCAUCAUCCAAAAUGUGAAAUAUUUUAAAGCGAUUUGAUUAUGAAAUGUAGCUUGGAACUGCGCUGCUCCUGUGGGCCUCUCACUCCGCGCUACGAGAUGCCGCGCCACAAGACGCUGCGCCACAAGAUGCUGCGCCGCUCUCGCAAGGCAAGGAGAAAAAGAAACAUGCUUGAUCGCUUUGCUUUCUCUCGUGGCAUCCAGGGAGCUAUUUAGCCGUCUUCUUUCUUUCUUUUUAUUCCCAUGUAUGUACAAGUACUUUUCGAGAAGUUGUGUUGUAACCAUUGUAUUAAAAGAAACAAACAAGAAAAGCAUUAACGAUACGUCAAGGAGUGUUCUUUGCUGUGACGACGAGUCCUCCGGUGACACCAAUGGUACCGAGCCCGCAACCACCAUCGGACCUGUCGUCACAGUAAAACCUAAUGACGCACUUUUUGGAUGUUGUUGCUAUAUAAUGACAUUUACGUAGAGGCUUUAGGAAUAGAAGUUCCUAACAAAGCUGUGAUGGAGGAUUCAUUUGAAAAAGCAGGACGGGUUGUGUCGCAAGGUUUUCUUUUUUCUUUUUUUUCAAUCUUUCCUGCAUUCCUGUUGAAUCAGUGUUUUAUGAUUUGUUUUAUGGGGGAGGAUUCCACCCAUCCUCUCCCUCCCCCCUUCCCUGAUGAAGUCUUCUCUCCACCGGCUAAACACACGUGCAGUUUUCUGUCCACUACUGUUGCUCAGUCAGACACUGUUCCUCUCAGCGAUAAUGGACCUCUGCAGACCUCACAGCACACAUGGAAGUUAGGAAUAAGGAUUGAGAAAACCUGCUGUGACGUUGCCUCUAAACACUCGUAACGUGACUACAUUAAUGUCAAGAAACAACUGAUCUGAAUAUCAUGCAAAAGCAAACAUCUGGCACGCUGUACCCAAAGUAUGGAUGAAGAGGACGGAAGUGGCGCUGGAGUAUUUUCAUCAGGGAACAUUUGGGGAUUCGUAACGACCACAAAGGUCGUCUUCUGUCAAAUCUGCCAGGUCUACUCUUUGUUAUUAGAGAAGUCCUAAACGCAGGAAAGUCUUUUCUGAGAUUCUAGUUUUCUGUGUGUGUAUUUAUUAGAAACCACCAUUCGAGCACCUUUUUAUUACCUCAUUAUUCCGUCAGGCAGGAGUUAUGUCUGAAUGUCUUUCCUUUUGACCAUGUUCUCACACUGUGAGUGCCUCCUUCGAUCAGAAAAGUCCCAUUUCUGCUCCACCUGCUUUGAUUCAACAGGGAUGCCUAUCAAGCACUUACGUUCAAAAUAUACAAACAAAAAAAUAUACAUUGGGAGGUUUAGGGGAGAUGAAUCUGUCAGUAUUUUUUUUAUGUGUGUUUCAUCACAGCGUUUAUUUUGACAUUCAAUUUGAGGUAUAUGAACCACAGAAAAGCACCAAAUUGCUGUAACUAGUGGACGCUAAUUUCUUCAUACAUUUUAAGAACUACGUAUUUAUUAGCAAAGAAGAAAAUUUGAAAUUUUUGACCCUCAAGAAAUGACCAUCACCGGAUCAUUUUUAAGAUUCAGGACUGUCAUAUUUUACCUCCGCACAAGCUAAUGUGAGAUGUCUCAGAUUAAACCCCUGUCCCCCUCUCUACCUCCAACUGAGACUUUGCAUUUCUACCCUUGUGUUGUUGGUUUCCCAGAGUAGAGUACUUCCACAGUGAACUGAAUCCUCCUCCUUAAUAAAAGUCAUUAUAAGGAAAGAAAGCCUUGAGUUCUUUAUGGUUCCAAGCUAAAAUGUAGAGACUGCAGCUGUUAAAGGCCUGCGUGUGCAUUUCUUUCCCAGGCAGUGCUGAUGAUGAAGGAGGAAGCUCUCAAUCCAAGUCAGUGACGAGCUUCCUGAGCAACUGGCCACUUGGGUUUUUAACUGACGGUGGUUCUCACAGUGUGAAUUCAGCGGUCGGACACUCCGGUGCCACGGCUCGGCCGCUGGGUGAAAUACUCAAAAGAGAUGGAAGCUGCAUAAAAUGGAAGAAUUCGUAUUUUUUGGGUGGGGGUUCAUUGCCAGUUUCUGCCUCUUGCUUAUCCGUUCUGAUGAUUUCCCACAUUCAGUAUUGAUGACCCUCCCGCUUUCCUCCUUCCUUUCUUUUCUGCGUGGAAUAGGCAUUCCUAUGAAAACUGUUUCCUCUACAACUUUACUAACUUCAGAAAACCGCAACUGUCAGCUCAUUAAAAACAUGCCAAAUACAACCAAUGUAAUCUUUUUAACUUUAUGUUUUUGGAACAGCCAUUGAGUGGAAAACAGUCGCUCCUUCCUCACUACACUUAACAAGGUACAAGGUUAUUUUAUAACACACGAUGUUAACAUAAUGUAUAUAACAGAGAAAUGUGAAUAUUUGUUCGAAAUCAACAAAAAAGCAGUGCUCCGAGUUUGUGGUAGAAAAAAGGAUGAAAAAAAAAAAUGAAAAAAACUACCCGCCUCAGUCAUGUUCUUAUUUUCUGUUUUUAUUUUCUACUUUUUUAUUUUUCUGAUGUAUGUAUGUAUAUGACUAUCAGUGAGAGUGUAUGUGUGUAAGUGAUUAAUACUGUAUAUCUGGUGUUCUCCAAGAUGGAAAAGGGGAGAUGUCCUGGUUUGAUUCUUUUCUUCUUUUCGCUCUUUAGACCCCCCACAGAACUUGUGGGGCUUUCAGAUAACUAUGCCAGAGAAGGUUUAGCGACUGCUGAAUGUGAUUUUACUGAGAGAGAAGCAGCGUGGACUGGCUUUUUAUAUACGGGUUCAUUUAAAAAAGAAAAAGACACAAAAAAAAGGCCAUAUUUAAUUCUGUUUUUCAAAAGUUUAAGCAGGGUGGGAGGGUGGAGCCUUGGUUUUUACGGAGAAGCAUUGCCUCGUUGUUGUAUAUGAGUUUGACUGAUUGACUUUUUUUUGCAUAUGUCCUAGUAGUAAAUGACCAAAGCUUGGAGGCGUUUGAUGGAUAUCAUAUGCAAACCUCAUCAUCACUGGACAAGUCACAACGUAGCGUCGGCGCUCUCCUCCCGCCUUCCUCGCCGCGACGUUCUGCUGCCGCUCGCUUUCGCCGAGUCUGUCUGUCCUCGCUCGUUACGUCCUAAACACAAUCUGUCCUUUGCAGUAGCCGGAAGUUGUUUCCCUUUUGGGGGACGCCAACGAGGUCUUUUUUUUUGUGCCUGAAGUGCUGUCAUUUGUUUACAGGAAGAAAAAAAAAAAAAAAAAGAAAACAUUGCAAACCGAUCGCUAUGCACCUUACUGAACAAACAGCAUUUCCUAACGUCAACGUAGGUAUGUAGAAUUAACACUGGAGCAACACUAAAUCAUUGAUGUCAUAGGCAAAGUAUUUCCUUUACACAAACGGUUAAGGAGAAGCCCCUUCAGUUAGUCCGGUGAAUCUAGUGAUCUGAUGACCUCUCAGCUUUUAAGCUCAUUCUUGGAAUUUCUUUUCUCCAUUAACUGAAUACUUUAUACCAAACUUAAGGUGCCUCGUGUAUAUAUUUUCUGCAGUGAAAAUUGCUCUUUUGCUGUUUAACAAUUACAACCUUGUUAGCCAGGGUUUUUUUAAAACCUUUUUUCACUUUUUUAUAAAAAAAAUUAAAGUUUACUGUAUUUUAAAUGACUUUUUUACACACGUAGACGAAUCAAAUUAUUCCAGGAAUUUGCAAAUACAAUCUAAUUUUGCACUUUAUAUCAGAUUUUCUUAGGAGUGGAAAGGCCAUCAGAAAUAGUCUCAAUCAGAUCUGUAUUGUAUUUGGAGAUGGAGUUAAGUCCCCUGAAUGUACCACGAAAGUGAAGCUCAGGUUCUUUAGGAAGAACUCGUAACCCACUGUCCCAUCGACGACUAGAAAUGUUACACACCUUCUACCUGCUCUGGAACGUGUCUCUGGCCUUUCUGUGUCCACACCAACCAGUAUAUCUACUAUGCCAAUCUUCUUCAGGUUACGCCCCCCCCCCCCCCCCCUCCCCGCUGUCAACCGACAACUCUCAGAACAUUCCUGCUGGCAAACACGGGACCAGCAGACACGUCUUUCUUUAGUCCGCAAAAGUCUGGCUGCGUGAGACUUGACCUCUGCUGUCCAUGAAACGCUGUGCACUGACCUCGUGAGGACGCACGCCGCUGUGUUGCUCGUCGGCCUUGUCGCAUGUGGAAGGGAGUCGUGCAGAAGAACUGUGACACGUGAAACGUGUCCCAUCAAUGAGAGGAGCGAUCAGAUGCAUCCUCGCUUGUCAUUGGUCCAAACCGGUACAUGUGCACCUGCUAAGGCUGUAUAGCUCUUAAAUCUCAUUCCUGUUGCAGGUGUUCAAAAGUGUUUUCUGCUCUGUGUGAACGGCAUCAGUUAUUAUAAUAUUGCACGGAGGUUGGAUGAGGAUCAGAAACGUAUUAACUCACCACUUUUUUUGGGGGGGGGGGGGGGGGUAAUGCUUUCUCUGGAGAAUUUGAGAAGAAAUGACCAAGGUUCCACUUUCUCCCUUGUACAAAUUAAUAUAAAUAAAUAUAUAUGAUACAUUUUACUCAUUUCUGUCCAUUUUUGUAUAUUACACUCAUGUAAAGUUUGUGUUUUAAAAGAGGCAUCGGAGCAGCUAUCACGAGACUAUAUGAGUGACUGUGUUCAUCUGGGAGAAUUUUAUGCAUGUUAUAUUUUCUCUUUUUCUCUCUCUCUGUCUCUGUCAAUACCCCCGAACCCCCCCUCCCCACCCGCAAGGUGUGCAACGUGAAAUCUUGCAGGAGGCUGCCGGACAAACAAACAAACACUCUUUUUGGUUGCUUCUACUGGAAAUCUAAAUUUGGGAGGUUUUGUUCAUUCAUGUGUUUCGUGGCUGUGGCAAGUUUACACACACAGACAUACAUAAAAAAACAUUCACAAACACACGUUCUCUACUACACUCAAAAAUACAAUCACCUUGUGCAUUUUACCCAUCUGCUUUUUCUUUACCAAGGUGAGGAUGCCAACCUUGAUGAAGUGAUGCUUUGACUAACAAAUCUAUAACAUCUAUGAAUGUGGGAAUGCAACACAUUGCAAUAAAAGCACCAUUUGAAAUGCA